CGCACGCUGUUCGUGAGCGGCCUGCCGAUGGAUGCCAAGCCAAGGGAACUGUACUUACUCUUCAGGGCCUAUGAGGGUUACGAGGGUUCACUGCUAAAAGUCACAAGCAAGAACGGGAAGACAGCUUCGCCGGUGGGCUUCGUGACGUUCAACACACGAGCCGGAGCAGAGGCAGCGAAGCAGGACCUGCAGCAGGGCGUACGGUUCGACCCCGACAUGCCCCAAACGAUCCGCCUCGAGUUUGCCAAAAGUAACACGAAGGUUAGCAAGCCGAAGCAGCAGGCCGCGACCGCUGCGGGCACCCACCCGACUCUCAUGCACCCACUCACAGGACACCUGGGCACGCCGUUCUUCCCCGGCGCGGCGGAGCUGUGGCACCACCCGCUGGCGUACUCGGCGGCGGCGGCGGCGGCCGAGCUGCCGGCGGCGGCGCUGCAGCACCACGCCCACGCGCACGCCGCCGCCACCCUGGUGCAUCCGGCGCUCCACCCGCAGGUCCCCCCGCCGAUGGCGAUGGCGCACCCAGCUGCGGCCGCGGCGUUGACCUCCAUCCACGCGUCGCUGCCGCACUUCCUGCCAUCGCCGGCCCUCGCGUCGCCCGUGGGAUCCUCGUCGUCGCAGCCGGGCGUCAGCAACGCCCCCUGCUCCACGCUGUUCGUCGCCAACCUGGGCCAGUUCGUGUCCGAGCACGAGCUCAAGGAGCUCUUUAGCAGCUUCCCCGGCUUCUGUCGCCUCCGCAUGCACACCAAGGGAGGGUCCCCCGUCGCUUUCGUCGAGUUUCAAGAUGUGCGCUGCGCUGCCCAAGCCAUGGCCAACCUGCAGGGCUCCUUCUUGCUCUCCUCUGACCGGGGAGCCAUUCGUAUCGAGUACGCCAAAAGCAAAAUGGCAGAGGGACCCAAGGGAGAAGAAAAUGGACAAUCUUAAUUAUCCUUACCUCCAGCUAAGCACCUGACAUGAGCAUCAGCAACCUGGCUCUGGUGUUGCUAUGCCCUCAUAGGCCUGAAUUCUUGAAGACAGCAAGGCAUCUUGAUUAAAUAUGAAUACAUAAAAUGGCCCACACUGUGCCAUUGCCAUAGGUCAAUCUGUUAAAAUCUUAAAAUUUUGUUACUUUAUUCUUCUUUUGAUUCAUCAAUAAGAAUAUUAACCACAGUAAUGAUAAAUUAAUAAUAAAUAAUGUUAAUAAAUGAAAAAAUAUUAUCAACGAGAAUGGUAGUAUGAUAAAAUCAAGGCCUCUUAAUAAAUGCCUGUAUACCUCCAAUCUUACACUUGAAAACUAAAGUGUCUUAUUAUCAUUACUAUUGUUAUUAUUUGUUCAAAUUAAAUUUUUCAGAAAAAUCUUGAUUUAUAUGAUACAUACAUCUGGUGCUUGCAGCUAUUUUAUUUAUGAAAUUCAUUAUAUAGUUCAUUCAGUAAGCUUCAGACUUAGUUCAUAUACAUUUCCUUUCAGAGUAACACAUUUAUUUUUAAAGAAAAAGAAGAAAAUAAUUUUGAAACAAUUAACAUUUUUAAGUAUACCAGAGUGCUUUUUUGAUAAAUUUCAUAGUUGACAGAACUAUAUUACUCUUCCUGUCAACUAGCUUGAAAAAAAAAUGAAUGUCAGUAAUUUGACAUCUUUAGGAAAUUGUAAACCAAAAAAAUUAUAAAUAUAGCAGUUUGUUGCACUUCUGCUUUGUCAUUCAGAUAGCACAGUAUAUCAUGUAGUUCUUUAUGAGCAUGAGAUAUGAGAAUUCAUUGAUGUUUUUCAGCAAUAGGUAUGCUGUGCUGUUGAUUAAUGAAUCACUAACGUUAAAAACUGAGAUUAGAGCUUGAAAGGCAGUGUAGGAAAUACAGAGAAAAUUGCUAUUUACUUAUCAGGGAAUUAGAGAAUUAUGAAGGAUUAUAAUUUACUUGUAUAUGGCAUAUUUCAAGAGACCUUGAUGAAUAGCAGACAAUGCUUGAUACCAAAGGUGCCCUGAAAGUUAUGUUUUAGAUAACUUAUUUGAAAAAAAAUGUAGGUAAAUUAAAUGUAUCCAUUUAAUUUUUCUUAUGGAUGGUGUAAAUACCUCUUUUAGAAAAUACUAAAUCUUGAACAUAACAUAUUGUGCAGUAGCAUGCCAUGUGUCUGGCUGUUUAUGUGCAGAUAGAGUUUACAUGCUGUAGGCUACUAUCACUAUACAUAGGAUUAAUAAAAUUAGUCUGGUUGAAAAGAAACUCAGUGUUAGAAAAGCUAUAUUUGUUUUUCUAGAGGAAAAGAGAAUUGGAUCAGACAUUUAAUGUAUUUCUUAUUCAUAGCAAUAAACCAAAAAUCUGUAUGCUAUACUCUAUUUCCUUUGAUAGAAGGAAAAGAGAGAGAGAAUACAAGUAAACUCAGUCUGCGAGUGAAGCAAAAGAAUAUCAUGCAUUCAUAUCAAAUAAUAAGAAUCUUUUCUCUUCUCCUCCUAUCAGCACAAUUACUCAUAGAGUUAAAUUUCAAAAGAUUGUAGUUUGAACUUCAUAUCCUUUGAGCAUUAGCUGAUUUACCUGGUCUGAUGGGUAAACUGUACGAAAUGUACUUUAUAUAAACAUAUGGUAGUUUAAUUAUUUGUAUAUACAAAUAUGCAUAUAUCAUCUCAUCUAGUUACUUUUAAUGAGUGUAAUCAUAUAAUAUUCCAGUGACUACAUGACCACCUGUCUGUAGUUUCUAGUUAGUUUAUGUAAGCAAUUUAGAAGUGUUGAAUCUAACAAAUCAGUAAAGAGAGAAAUGCUGCGCAUUUUAUCAAUAAUGUUUUUAGUUAGUAAUGGAACAGUUAUUUAUUAAUAAGUGGUCAAGUUUUUAAGGUAAAACUGCUGAGGAUUGAGCAAGUCUGGGAUUUUUUGACUGUAUACAAGUGUAUAUAGCUAAUGUGUAUGAACCAAAGUAGAGACUGACUGCUUUAGUAGCCAGGACAAUCCAAAGAGGCAGCAUUACAAUGCCACAUAACUAGCCUGGUGUUAUGUUGCAGCUGGGAAUAUAAUUUCCGUUUGUUAAAUAUCUCUUUGAAAGAAAUGACAGAUUUAUAGAAUCUUAAAUGUAGUUGCUUU